CGUCCUAGGCUAAAGACGCCGGACAGCACGAACAUUUGCGCCCGGUGGAACCGGUCCGCCAUUCAUUUGUUCGAGUUGCUGUAAUCUACCGCAUUCCUUAGCGCCUGAUAUGCAGACGUAAAAUUCCCACAAAUUGAGUUCGUCCGUAGCGGCUCAACGACACCUCCCCGCUCCUCCCUGGCGGCGAUCAGCCUCCGGCCACAGGAGAUGGGCACCGCCGCGAAGCCCCCUCCCUUCGUCUGCUUCAAGUGGCCUUGGGGCCCUAGCCUUAAUGCGAGCCCUAGCGCCAGCCCAAGCCCCUGCGGCGACCUCGAGCGCCCCUGGCUCUCCAAGUCUAUCUCCACCGUCGCGCAAGGCCUCGUCAUCGCCGGUGACAUCCCCUCCGCUUCCACUGGAAGCGGAGGUCAUGGGGCGAGGUUGUGGAAGCGUUACCCGGGCACCGCGCCGGUGGAGGCGGACCGCGGGGACGCGGAGCAGCGGGCGCUGGCGGCGGCGCUGGCGAGCGCGAGGGCGACCACGGUGCUGGAGUUCUACUCGCCGCGCUGCCGCCUCUGCUCAUCGCUGCAGGGCCUCGUGCGCGAGCUCGAGGACGGUGGCAAUGCAUCUGCGAGCUUCGUGUUCGCUGACGCCGAGGACGACCGGUGGCUCCCGGAGGUUACUGAUGGAGUGAGUAAAUACCAUGCAGAUGAAUGGCUCGGAGAGUGCAACAUGAGGGCUUCUGCAUUAUGAUGUCAGAUAUGUUCCUUGUUUUGUGCUCCUGGACAAGAAUGGUAGAGCCCUAGCGAAAACCGGAGUUCCAACUAGCAGGCAGCAUGUUAUCGCCGGCCUUCAUCAUCUUCUUAACAUGAAGCAACCAUCUGGGCAGGACGGAAAGAAGAGUCGAUCAUGAUGACAAUUUCUUGCGCAUGAUCUGUAAUCAUGGAUCGUAUCAGAUAACACAUUUUUUUUGUUAACCAAGCAUAGACAAUGUUGGAAAAUAUAUUUUUAGCCAACUCAUAUAUGGUCAGAAUUCUAGAAGUUGAUGUGGUGUAAUUAGAAUGUGGGAGAAUGUGCUGCUUUUGUGUCCUUUUUCCUGAUGAAUAGCGGUGUAUCUGAAUAUACACGCUGGAAUAUUCUUCUGAAAUAAUUCAUCAUGAUUUGUGA